AUGACUGGCGGCAUUUGGACCAAACUAUCCUCGGACAAUGAAGUCCCCAGAUCCUCGCAAACACUCGCCGUCCUCGGCAACAAUGCAUACAUCUACGGGGGUGAACUACGCCCACGAGAACCGGUUGACUCGACCGUGUAUUCCAUUCAGCUGAGCCCAAGUAAUUUCUUCCAACGACCUUGGAAACGCCACAUUUCUAAUCCAUGCACAGCAUCAUUAAACAAAGAGCCCUCGGCCAUAGCGCCGAGUCUUAGUCCGCAGCCCCGGGUCGGUGCCGCAUCAACCGCCCUCAAUGGAAAAAUCUACAUCUUCUCCGGGCGCGGAGGCACAGCAAUGGCGCCCAUCGAAGAGCACGGCUCAUUCUGGGAAUUUACCCCAUCGACGCAAACCUGGGCUGAGCUCAAAGUCGCAAACCCGAAACACCCCUACCCAACCGGACGAAGCUACCACGCCUUGACAAACAACGGCUCCGAGACGAUCUACCUACACGCCGGCUGUCCCACAAAGGGCCGACUGGGCGAUCUGUGGUCUUUUAACAUCCACACCCGAACCUGGAAAGAACUGCUGCCCGCUCCUGCGCCCGAGCGCGGCGGUACCUCUAUUGCGUACAGCCAGGGCAAAAUCUUCCGCAUGAACGGCUUUGACGGGAACAAAGAGCAAGGCGGGGCAAUUGACGUCUUUGACAUGGCGACGAAUGCGUGGAGUACGAUCUCGUAUUCGCCGGAUGGUGUUUCCGGUCCCAGCUCACGAAGCGUGAGUUGUUUGCUUGCGUUGUCUAUUGCUGGAAGACCGAGUCUGAUUACAAUGUUCGGAGAACGUGACCCCAGUAGCCUCGGUCACCAGGGGGCUGGGAAGAUGUUGGCUGAUGUGUGGGUGUUUGAUAUCGGAUCGGAGGUGUGGAGGAAGGUUUUGGUGGAGGGUGAACGGCCUGAGGGGCGUGGAUGGUUUGAUGCGGGUGUCGUUGCUGAUUCGGAGGGUGCGAGUGUUGUUGUUCAUGGGGGACUUGCGGAGUCGAAUGAGCGGCUGGGGGACGUUUGGCGGUUGGAUUUUGCGAUUUAA